ACAAAUAUUUACUUUGAUAAGUUGUACAAAAGAUAAUGUGGCCGAAAACCAAAAUGGUAUAAGAGAGCUCCAGUUAUGGUUGGCGCCUUGACUUCAUGGCUACCACCGCCAUCACAACAGGUAUCCAACCCAAGACCCCCUUCCUUCACUUCCUCCCUUCAUCCCCACCACCUAAAUCCAAACCCCACUUCCUUCCCUUCUCCACUUCCACCUCCACCGCCACUCCUCAGCCCCUUCUCUCCUCACUCCACCACCCACCUAUCUCUUCUUACCCUGUCAACAUCCACAACUCUUCUUCACCUAAUAACGUUACUACCAACAUUGACCUUGACGUUGAAAACUUCUUCACUUUGCUUCGCUUGUCAGUUCAAUACGGUGACGUGUCACUUGCCAAAGCCGUGCAUGCUUCAAUUGUAAAAAUUCAAGAAGAAGAGCAUACUCGUCUCGGUAAUCCUCUUAUUUCAGCUUAUGUCAAACUGGGUCUUGCUGUUGAUGCUUAUAAAGUCUUUACUGGACUUUCAAACCCCAAUGUUGUGUCUUUUACGUCUCUGGUUUCUGGUUUUGCGAAGUCUGGUCGAGAGGAGGAAGCAAUUGAGUUAUUUCUUAGAAUGCGAGAUGAAGGUAUUGAGCCUAAUGAACAUAGUUUCGUUGCUAUUUUGACUGCUUGUAUUAGACUUUUGGAGUUGAAUUUCGGUUCACAAGUUCAUGGUUUGAUAGUCAAAAUGGGCUAUUUGGACAAUGUUUUUGUUGCUAAUGCGCUUAUGGGACUUUAUGGUAAAUUUGGUGGAUUGUUGGAGUAUGUAGUUAAAGUGUUUGAUGAAAUGUCUCAACGAGACAUUGCGUCUUGGAAUACUGUGAUUUCUAGCGUGGUUAAGGAGCUUAAGUAUGAGAAAGCAUUUGAAUUGUUCCGUGAUAUGAAAAGAAAUGAUGAUUUUAGAGUUGAUUAUAUCACAAUUUCAACCCUUUUGACGGCUUUGACCGGAAGUUUUAGUUUGAUGGAAGGCCGAUCUCUUCAUGCUCAUGCUAUUAGAAUUGGGUUAGGGUGCAAUUUGAGUGUUAACAAUGGGCUUAUUGGGUUCUACACCAAGUGUGGAAGUGUAAAAGAUGUGGAGACCAUAUUUGAGAGGAUGCCUAUUAGGGAUGUUAUUACUUGGACGGAGAUGGUAAUAGCUUACAUGGAAUUUGGGUUAGUGGAUUCUGCAGUGGAGACAUUUGAUAUGAUGCCAGAGAAGAAUUGUAUUUCGUACAAUGCUCUUCUAGCUGGAUUUUGUAAGAAUAGCAGGGGCAUGAGAGCAAUUGAUUUUUUUGUUAAGAUGGUGGAGGCAGGUUUAGUCUUAACGGAUUUCACUUUGACCAGCGUUAUUAACGCUUGUGGGUCUCUCGCAGAAGUAAAAUUGAGUGAGCAAAUUCAUGUGUUUGUUUUAAAGUUUGGUUUUGGUUCAAAUGCUUGCAUUGAAGCAGCAUUGUUGGAUAUGAUGACAAGGUGUGGGAGGAUGGCAGAUGCUGAGAAGAUGUUCCACCAAUGGCCAUCAUAUCAGGAAAGCUCCAUAAUUUGGACAUCGAUGCUAUGUGGGUAUGCUCGAAAUGGGCAGCCAGAACAUGCAAUUUCUCUUUUCCACCGCAGCCAGUCAGAAGGAAUGAUGGUUGUGGAUGAAGUUGCAGUAACUUCAGUACUAGGUGUCUGUGGAACUUUAGGAUUUCAUGAGAUGGGAAAACAAAUCCACUGUCAUGCUCUUAAGACUGGUUUUUCAUUUGAUGUAGGAGUGGGAAAUUCAAUUAUUAGCAUGUAUUUUAAAUGUUGUAACAUGAGUGAUGCAACUAAGGCUUUUCAUGUUAUGCCUUCACAUGAUAUAGUUUCUUGGAAUGGUUUGAUUGCUGGUCAUCUUCUCUACCGACAGGGCGAUGAGGCCUUGAAUAUCUGGUCAAGGAUGGAGAAUGCAAGCAUAAAGCCAGAUGCAGUAACUUUUGUCUUAGUUAUUUCAGCUUACAGGUGCACUAAGUUAAAUUUGGUUGAUAGUUGCCGAAAAUUGUUUCACUCCAUGGAAACCAUUUAUAACAUUGAGCCCACUUCAGAUCAUUAUGCAUCCUUAGUCAGUGUUUUGGGAUGCUGGGGUUUUCAUGAUGAAGCAGAAGAAAUCAUCAACAAAAUGCCUUUUGAACCAAAUGUUUCAGUUUGGCGAGCUUUGCUAGACAGUUGUAGAACCCACAAGAAUACUACUAUUGGGAAACGAGUUGCCAAGCAUAUACUUACCAUGGAGCCACAAGAUCCCUCUGCAUAUGUGCUUAUAUCAAAUUUGUAUUCUGCGUCCGGGAGAUGGCAUAACUCUGAAAUUAUCAGGGAGGAUAUGCGAGAAAAAGGGUUUCAGAAGCACCCAAGUCGAAGUUGGAUAAUUCAUCAGAACAAGGUGCAUUCAUUCUACACAAGAGACAAGUCCCACCCACAAGAAAAAGACAUAUAUAGCGCAUUAGAUAUACUAAUCUUAGAAUGCUUCAAAGCCGGGUAUGUACCAGACACAAGGUACGUUCUUCAUGAAGUAGAGGAACACCAAAAGAAGGAUUUCCUGUUCUAUCAUAGUGCAAAACUAGCAGCAACCUUUGGGCUUCUGAAGACCCAGCAUAGAGAGCCCAUUCGGAUUGUGAAGAACAUCCUUGUUUGUGGGGACUGCCAUAUGUUCUUAAAAUAUGUCUCAGCUGUCACUAGAAGAGAGAUAUUUCUCAGGGAUGCUUCAGGAUUUCAUCAUUUUUCAGAUGGCCAGUGUUCAUGUAAAGAUUUCUGGUAGUUGAGCAAUUUACUAUGUUUCCAAAGCCAGUUAUCUUUUCUGUAAGGGUAUGCUGAAGAAGUUUUGACAUAUAUCCCUGCUUUUGUCAAAAUGAAAAGUUGCAAGCUGAGUACAUUAUAGAUUAUAUGUAUUUCUGUAAUUAAAAUGUGUAAUUCUUCAUGAUAUUAGUCAAUACAGGGAUUUUGUCGAGGUUUUUUAAGACUAAUGGGUAAUUGUCUUGUAUGAAA